UUAAAAAUUUAAAGUGGUAUAAUGGUGAACAAAAUAUGGGUGUUUCCUUUAUGGAAUAUAAAGGACAAUCAAAUAUUCGUAGAAUGCUUAACUGUAAUAAUGAUGGAUUAUAUGAAUUAGAAGAGAAUAAACAUAAAUGUACUGUAGUAGUAUAUUUUUUAAUUAAAAAGUUUUGGUGGAGGGGGAGAGGGAGGAAUAAAUUUUUAAAAUGUUGAAUGUUAGUCUGAAUUAGGGUAGCACACAGUCCCCCGAAACCGACUAUUUUUUCGGCAAAAACUCCGACCCGAACUCUACCCCGACAAACC